AUGGUAAUUUUGGGUAACGUUAUCAUUCAAGAAGAUCUCUACUCCGAUCCAGAGAAACAACAGGUGAUACGAGAAUUUCCACGCCACAUGAAAGUCAGCCAAUUGCAAAGUUUUUUGGGUUUUGCAACCUAUUACGUCCGAUUCAUCAAGAAUUUUGCAACCCUAGCGCAACCCCUUCAUUCAUUUCUCAAGACAUCACAUGUUUGGGGAAGAGAAAGUUGGGCAGAUUCUACCGAGGCAUCGUUCCAGCAGCUUAAAAACAUGUUGGCUUCGACCCCCGUUUCCGGACGAUUGGAAGUGUUAACUCCGGACGGAUGCAAGACUUGUAAUCAGAUCGCGGAUGAACUAUCCAGAAAUCCAGUAGAACGAGAAGACAAAGGAAACGACGGAGGACUUUUAGCAUGCGCCAUUACACACAAGAUCCCUGGCGAAGAAGACAUCCGCAUACGUCAAUGGACAGACGAAGAGUUGCGACCAAUCAUACAUCAGCUAGUGGCAACCGAAGUCACAGAAAAAGGGGAGCAACCUACUGAACUAUAUGCGGUUUCUCAAAAUCUUGGGACUGCAGUCAUUUUGGGUUUGGCAUUGUUGACAGCAUGGAGUUCAUGCUGCCUUGUUCACAGCAGCGUGGACUGUUUUCUAACACUGGAAAAUCUACCAGUAGAAGGCUUAGCUGGUGAGGAUGAGCCGCUGGAACAACCAAAACCAGAAUCAGAGGAGCAAAUUAAUGACGACGAAAACGAUUCACAGCGAUUGAAUCGUGGAGAAGGACGUCGGAAGAGGAACGCAGUGCGAAUUUUACAGCUUUCUCAUGUCGAUUUGGGAUUACUUUAUCAAUGUAUUCGCUGGCAGACCAUUCACACAGCAAUGAUGGUAGAUUGUUACGUCAAGAUUGAAGCCAACCGCGUCAACUACAUCCGCGAACAUCAGACGGAACUUCACGUUGCUCAAUACAACGGUCUAUUUGCCAAUCAGCAAAUAUCUGGCUGA